CAGAACAAAUACUGCAGCAUUUUAUUUCCUGUUUUGGAACAGGAGGUGUCAUUUACAGAUAGACUGCACAUUAUUUUACAUUUCAUUUUUUUACUUACUUAAUUUUUAUUUAACAUGAAGAAGUGAUUUUUCUGUGACAUGAUCUGUGUUGCAUAUCAGUGGAGAAGAUCAUGUGUCAUUCAAAAUGGGAUGCAGUAAUUCAAGAAAAGUUGAUGAUGCACAACCUUUAAUACCUUUAAUCAACCAUAAAGGCCAAUAUAUUGAGGAUCCUCCCCUAUUCAAUGAGCUGAACCUUGUGAUCAUUGGUAGUCAUUGUUCUGGGAAGAAUACAGUUGCCAAUGUUAUCCUUCGACACAAUGCCUUCUCAUUUUGGACACGCUUUUCUAAGUACCGUGUAAAAAAGAGUGGAGAAGUAUUUGGAAGGAGAAUUCAAUUGAUUCGUGUCCCUGGGUGGACUGGAGACCUGUCUGUAUCUGUUCAUAAUCAAAAAAGAACAAAGCAACAGCUUGUAACUUCUGUGCAGUCAAACUUUGAAACAGGACCUCAUGCAGUACUCUUAGCACUUGAUGUAAAUUCCACUAUCACAGACACAACCCGAAAGACACUAGAAAGCCUUCUUACUGAAGAAAUUUGGGAUCAUACAGUAGUGAUCUUCACUCAUGGAGAAAAACUUUAUGACAUUACCAUUAAGGAUCAAAUCCAUGUUAAUCAACUUUCUGAACUAAUAGAGAGAUGUGGUAAAAGGUAUCAUGUUCUUCACAACAGUAUGCCAACAAAACAGAGUGCAGAGUUGAUCGAAACUCUUGAGUACUUCAUUGCAGACAAAGAUGCACCUGUUAAAUUUUCCUUGUUUGAUCAGGUAAUGGGGAAUGGUGACCUGGAAGAGCAGCAAUCAUUAAUAGAAAGACUUAGAAAUAAAAUAAAAUCUCUAAAAGAAUUCAAAACAAGUUUGUCAGUAAAGGGCAGUCACCACAGCUCUCAGAGUUUGAUUGAAUCUAAAAAUGCAGAAAUUAGAAGACUGCAAAAUAUUCUAAAGAAGAGAGAACAUGAUCUUCAAAGGUUAAAGACCCAGCUCCAACAGACACAGAAUGGCAAUCUUCUCAACUCAGUGGUGUCCUCCAGAUGUACUGACUGUGAAAAAAAAGAUGAGGAAUUAUGUCGUUUACAUGAAGAACUUUCCAAGUUGAAAACAAUAGUAGAGGCACACAAUCAAAGCUCUGGCCAAGGACAACCUUCUGAACUGAAUACUAUGGCCUGGUCACAUAAAACACAGAGGCUUCCCACAAACUUAUUUGAACGGCCUCCAUCAUGUGCCCAUGAACUACAUUCAGACAAUCUACGUGAGUGGCCACUUACACUCAGCAAUGUCUUGGGUGACCUAAAUGAUUCCCAAUUCAAAAGAAUGAAGUCCUUAAUGCAUUUUCGAGAGGACUGGAGAAUCCCUGAAAGCUUAUUGGAUGACAAGGACAGAGAUUCACUGGCUCUUCUUCUGAUUCAAACCUGGGGUGAAAAGCAGUGUAUUAUCAACAUCAAAAAUAUUAUAAAGGAGAUUCCACGUAAUGACAACAGCAUGAAAAAAUUAAUCAUGCCAUACUUGGAAGAAAUUGGUGAAAUCUGGUAACCUGUUUCAAGAUGCUAAUUUGAAACAAAUUAAUUUCAUCUGUUUCAAAUUAGCAUCUUAAAACCUGUAAUUGAAAAAAAAAACUGUCCAUUGUGUCUGGACAUAAAAAAACAGCAAAGAGCAGUAUGUUCAUGCUGCAGGCACAGAUCUAACUGAAAGACAAACUGCAGUGUUCCAGUAAUGCAUGAAGCGGGAACCCACCAUCACCUUGCUUCACCCAAAUUUUGUGUGUGUGUGUGUGUGUGUGUGUGUGUGUGUGUGUGUGUGUGUGUGUGAAUGCAGAAUGACAUACUACUCACUGGGUUUGAUUUUAGAAAGGGAAGGGACCGUGGGAUUCUGGAGAUGGGUUGGUGCCAACCUACCCUUUUAUCUUAAAUGUAUGUAUGCUUGAGUUAUUUGGAGAGAAAAUGUAUACUGGUUAUAACAGUCCUCAGACUCCGUUCCACUGAUCUAAGUAUGGGGUUGAUGCUUGGAUUCUGAAUACAAGUUACAAACAGCACAAGUUAUCAUCCUAUCUAUCUAUCAUCCCCUCCCUACUCACUACUAAGUUGGAGGAUCUAGCACUGCAUACAUCCCUGU